AUGGUGCCAUUUGUCCAGGAGUGCAACGCUUACCAAUGCAACCCCAGCCAGUGCAGAGAGGGACUUAGGCAGUUCUACUCGGCUCUUCCUCACAAUGUGGCUGAGAAACUGGUGUUCUGUGACUGUGACAGGGAAGACCAGGAAUGCCAGCAGAUGAAGGCCUCUCUACAUUCUGGAUCCUGUGUGAGUGACCAGUCGCAUACACCCUGGACCUGCCUGGAGGCUCUGGACAGCUGCUCUGAAGAUAUAUUGUGCAGGCAGACAUUUAGCAGGUACCUGUCCAAAUGUUUUGGGGAAAAGGAAUCUGCGUAUGAUACGACCAGUGAAUGGCUAAGUCGUCUGGACCCCGACUUCUUUCUUGGGCACGACCUCCAAUGCAGGGUGGCAUUUGUGGAAACAAUGGGUUCAAUACUUCAUCAUCCAUGCACUUGUGAUGGAUUACUUGUCUUCUUCAGCCCAUCUGAUAUUCAUCAUAUGUCAGGACCACACUAA